AUGACGGAAGAGAUGAAAUCAUCGGAGUCUCCUCCGACAUUAACGUCGUUCUGGUCGUUACCAAACGACGUCGCUCUCAACAUCUUGGCCAGAAUCUCAAGAAUCCACCACCCAUCUCUAUCUCUCGUCUCCAAGCGUUUCCGAUCGAUCCUCUCUUCGCGUGACCUCCACGUCACACGAGCCCUAAUGAGCAAAACAGAGAAGCACAUCUAUCUCUGUUUAAAACUUCGUCGGCAAACUAAUCCUUGCUGGUUCGCACUCACCCAAGGCCCCGACCAGAAACUGAAACCACUCCCUUGGUUUCCUUUCAGACAUCAUCCAGAUUCCCCGACCGUGGUCUCAACUAGUUCAGAGAUUUACCUCAUCGGCGGAUUAGUAAAUAAAAAAAAAAGCAGAAGAGUGUUUGUCCUCGACUGUCAUUUUCACCAGUGGCGUAGGCUUCCUCGAAUGCGAGUGCCUCGAGGAAGACACGCCGCGGCUGGUUUUAUUGAUGGGAGAGUUUAUGUGUUAGGAGAUUGUGAGAGCUCAGGAGAGGUUUAUGAUCCAAAGACUAAAACUUGGGAGCCAUAUAUGAGUAUCCAAAACGGUGUCGUUAUUGAGGACUUGGGUUUCUUUGGAACCAACACUUGCUUUAUUGCUGAAGAGAAGAUAUUGUGUAGAGCGGUUAAACCCCUAGGGAGUGAUUUUUUAAGUUGGUGUAAUCUUGGGGAAGAGAAGGUGUGGAGAGAGGUUAAGGGACUUGAAGGAAUGUUGCCGGAGCCGCCUGCUUUUGUAUCUGUGGCGAGUCCAGAUGGAGGAAGAAGACUAGGUGUUUGGUGGGUUUCUUACCAAAAGGAAGAUGAUCUUGUUCUUGUUAGUGAGAUUGAGAUUUGGUGCGCUGAGAUUUCGUUUCAGAGACGAAGCAGAGAAGAGGUUUAUGGGGUUGUUGAAUGGUCCAGGAGUCUGCAUACUAUGAAACGCAGUGAAACUGGUGGACUCAUUUCACUUUUGGCUGCUGCCAUUGUGAUGCGUUGA